UUGCAUGCGCCGCAGAUCCACACACGACACCGGCUUCGUGUAAUUUUUCUGUCGAGUGUAAAUAUGUCAACUGUCCAAUAAAUUGAUGAAUAAGCUCGUUUAUCGUUUGUAUUAAUAUCUCGUUUUUAUUAUAUUUAGUGUGUUAUUAGGUUAGCGUUGUUAUAGUUUUACUUAACGACCCACGUGGGCACAUUGAUGACAUUUCGUGUGUGCUGUAGUUAAUGACAGUAGUCUUCAAAGGAUAGCCUUUUUACAGUUUGUGUAAGAUCUCCCUCAAGUCCGAGUCAGGAUGAAGUGUCACUAUGAGGUGCUGGGCGUUAAAAAAGACGCUUCGGACGACGAACUGAAAAAGGCUUACAGGAAAUUAGCAUUGAAAUGGCACCCAGACAAGAACUUGGAUAAUGCAGAUGAGGCUGCAGAGCAGUUCAAACUGAUCCAGGCUGCAUAUGAUGUUCUGAGUGAUCCACAGGAGAGAGCCUGGUAUGAUAACCACCGAGAGGCGCUGCUGAAAGGGGGAGUCAGCGGAGAGUACCAGGACGACAGCAUUGAUCUCGUGCAGUUCUUCACUGUCACCUGUUACUCGGGUUACGGAGAUGACGAACAGGGCUUUUACACUGUAUACAGGAACCUGUUUGAGUCUAUUGUAAAGGAGGAGAUGGAGCACAGUAAAGAUGAGGAAGACGAGGAGGAUGAGUUUCCCUCAUUUGGAGACUCUCAGAGUGACUAUGACACUGUGGUGCAUUUAUUCUACGGCUACUGGCAGAGCUUCUGUACGCGCAAAAACUUUGCGUGGAAGGAGGAAUACGACACGCGACAGGCCUCCAACCGUUGGGAGAAGAGAGCCAUGGAGAAAGAGAACAAGAAAACCAGGGACAAGGCCAGGAAAGAGCACAGCGAGCUGGUGCGGUCGCUGGUGGCCUUUGUCCGAAAACGUGACAAGCGCGUUCAGGCCCAUAAGAAACUGGUGGAAGAGCAGAAUGCGGAGAAGGCCAAGAAAGCUGAAGAACUGAGGAGAAAACAGAAGCUCGACCAGGCCAAGCUGGCGGAAGACUAUAAGGAACAGAGUUGGGCCGCCAUGUCAGAGCUGGAGAAAGAACUGCAGCAGAUGGAAGCCGAGUACGGUCUAGAGUUUGGUGACGUAUCGGAGAGUGAAGAGGACGAGGAGGAGGUGGAAGACGGGCAGGAGAGGGCAAACAUAGACGGGGGAGAUGCGGUGCAGGCAGAUGGUGCCGCGGAAAUGGACGACUAUUAUGAUGACCUGUAUUGCCCUGCCUGUGACAAAUCUUUCAAAUCCGAUAAAGCCAUGAAAAACCAUGAGAAGUCCAAAAAACACAGAGAGAUGGUGGCAUUGCUACGGCAACAGCUGGAGAAGGAAGACAAGUCGCUGAGUCAGAACUCUGUGGAGAGAGAGGAGGAAGACGACGAUGAUGAUGAUGAUAGUGAUGAACUUGGUGGCACACCGAGACAAAAAUUAUCUAAAAGGCAGAAGAAAAAGAAACGGCAGCAGAAAACCGCAAAUAAUCUCCCAGAAGAGCCCGAGAGUCCAGUCCAACGGGGCACAGAAGAGCGUCCCCCACCUGCACCUGAUUCGGGCAACAGCGAGGAAGCCCCUGUCCCCUCUGAGGACCCAGAUGAGAAUUUAAAACCAGAGGGAUGUGAACCCACAGACCAAAAAAGCUCUGAAAAGUCAAAAGGGAAGAAAGGUGGAAAAGACUCUAAAAAGAAUGGCAAACCACAUGGCGGUGUAGAAGUCGCUCAAGAGAAGGAAGCCAUCCUGCGCUGUGUGACCUGUCAGUAUGAAUUUGCCACCAGGAACAAACUUUUCGAUCACCUGAAGACCACAGGCCACGCCACUGCCCUCUACUCUAGUAACGCUGCACAAACGUGCAAGAAAAAGAAGGACACCAGGAAGAACAGAUAACCGAGAGGCAGACAAAGACUGAAGCCCCUCUGACUGUCCACUUGUCCAGGAAAACCUCGUUUGAUGGUAUGCAGUUGUGCAACCAUCAGGGAGUGCGUUUAUGGGCCUGCGCGUCUUUGUCCCUAUGAGAAUGAAUUUGUGCCCUGUGGGCUGACAUUUCUUUUGUAAUGCACCAUAUGCCAAAAGAUUUCCCUAGAACUGCCACUAAUUCCUACCAUAAUUGAUGCAUAAUCUGGUGCGUCAGAGCGGUUCUGUAGGACAAUGAGACUUCUAUUGAGUAGACCGUGCAUAUGCCGUUUUUUUUUAGGAAGUUAAGAGUAAUUAUGAUAGCACGUUUUGUCACAUUUAGUGGCAUUUUCAAAGUGACAAUUCCAAAGUGGUAAAGUGUAAAAGGCAACGUGAGGAAUAAAACUCCACUGGAUGUUUUGAA